AUGGCUGUACCAACCAUUACUCUUAAGCCUACAGGGCAGCAGGUGCCUCAAGUCGGGUUCGGGCUCUGGAAGGUGCCAAAUGACAGCACAGCCGAUGUCGUCUACACCGCUAUCCAGAACGGCUAUCGCCACUUCGACGGAGCCUGUGACUAUGGCAACGAGAAGGAAGCUGGUGAAGGAAUUCGACGGGCAAUCAAAGACGGUCUCGUCAAGAGAGAAGACAUUUUCGUGACGAGCAAGCUCUGGGCAACAUUCCAUGCUCCUGAGCACGUUGAAGUGGCAGCAAAACGGCAACUCGCAGAUUGGGGCCUCGAGUACUUCGAUCUGUACCUCAUCCACUUCCCGCUGCCUCUUCAAUAUGUCGACCCCGCCGAGCGCUAUCCACCUGGUUGGUCCAUUGCUGCUGACAAGUGGGAAACGAAAACCGCCAAUGUCCCUCUCGCCACGACUUGGAAGGCAGUAGAAUCGCUGGUUGACGCCGGUCUGGUGAAGAACAUUGGCGUCUGUAACUUCCAGGGCGGCUUGCUGUUGGAUUUGAUUCGUUCGGCGAGAAUCCCUCCCGCCGUGCUCCAAAUCGAGCAUCAUCCUUACCUUGUUCAGCCUCAAUUGCUGGACCUCGCCAAGGACCUUGGCAUUGCUGUGACCGCUUAUUCCAGCUUCGGUCCACUAAGUUACCGAGACAUCCAGAGUCCCAAGGCCUUGGGAACCUCGCUGCUGUUUGAUAAUGAUGUUAUAACAUCGACAGCGAAGAAGCAUGCCAAAACCCCCGCUCAGGUUUUGCUCAAGUGGGCAGUGCAACGAGGUGUGAUUGUGAUCCCCAAGACAGCCGAUAAGCAGCGCCAGUUAGAGAACAAGGAUCUCUUCUCCUUCGAGCUUUCCUCCGAGGAACAGAGCGCGAUCGAUGCAUUGGACAAGGGACUGAGAUUCAACGACCCUGGUGAUUACCUCAACCCUCCCCAGCGUAUCUUUGCAUAG